AUGCGCGCCGCGCCCGUCCCCCGCGCGAGCGCCAACGCGAGAGCCCAUGGGCUCGUCCCCCGCCAGAUCGACGCAACAAAGUUCCCCCCGUGCAUCCUCGCCUGCGGCGUCAAGAAUGUCUGCGUCCCCACCCCGCUCAUGGCGAUGGGCACAAACUGCUUCUGCGCCAAGGAGAUAACACAGUGUAUCAGCUCCUCAUGUACCGCCGCCGACAAGACGACCUGGACGGCCGAGUAUCCCGGCAUCGCAGCCAUUGUCAUCAUCGCCGCCAUCCUCGCCUUCUUCAUGUGCCGCCAGCGCAAGGCCAAGCAGCGCGACGCGUACGACAUGGAGCUGUUCAAGGAGCCAGGCGCGGGCUCAACCACAAACGUCACCCCGUACAGUAUGAGCCCUGCGCCGCCGUUCUCCCCGCAGCAGCAGCAGAUGCAGCAGGCAUACCCCUUCGCGAACGGGUACGGCCCCGGCUCGGAAGCGUACGCCAGCGGCGGACACUACCAGCAGCAGCAGGGAUACCCCGACCACCAGGAGUACACGCAAGGCGUCAUCGCCACGGCUAACGGCUACGUCCAAGCCCCGGUCCCCGUCGCCCCCGUCCCCGCUCCCCUCCAGACCCACUCUCAGAACUACUCGCUAGGCGGCAGCACAUACCCACAAGCCACAGGCUACCCCCAGCAGCAACAACAGCAGGGGUACGCCCAGCCGGGCAACAGACAAACCAUCUACUCGGAGGGGCACAGCACCACCGGGCCGACGUACGAGAACUCGGCGCGCAUCAUGUCCAUGUACGACGGGUCGACCUCGACCCCACAAGGGGGGAUCACGCCGUUUGCCGCGGGUGCGGGUGCCGGUGUUGCUGGUGCGGCAGCUGCAGGCGCCGCUGGACUCGCCGUCGCGGGCGGCAUCGCCAAGGCGCAAGCACGCCCGCCGACACCGACCGAGAUCUACGUGCACGAGCGGGACGGCGGGCGCGUCGGCGCGCCCUCUGCCGGGCCGGCCCAGCCAGUCGUCAACGUCAUGCCGCCGAGCUACGACCCCUCGUGGGCCGACGACCAGAGCACGUCCGGCACUGCGGGCGGCGGCGGGCGGGUGGUCGCGACGCCGACGCGUCCGGAAAAGUCCGGGCUGCACGUUGUGUAG